AUGUAUGCAUUUGCUUCCUCUGCAGAUCAUGAAGUUUCUUUCGUUUUGAGCCUCUAUCCGAAUGGAUAUUCGAUAGGAAAACCCUCUGAGGCAUCACAUCUAUCAACUGUUGAUUUUUCAGAACUAGGCUGUGCAACAGACAUCAUUUACGAGAUGUUCCAAAGGUCGUGCAUCUGUAUGAUAAGGCAGGAGAAAAUCUACUACUGA